GAUCUCGCCGCAAGCGCCAAGCAGUCAACCCGAAUUAAAUCACGCGCAUGUAACUGCGGAAUCAUCGCUUUUUUUUCGUGUUGCUUGUUUACGUCGUAUGAGUUCUUCGAAUAAAAUAAAAACACAUCGUCGUAAGUCGAUCAUUUACUGCCUGUUGCUCGUGCUGCAAUUGCGUAACGUCGCCGAGAUAACUGCCCUAGCCGCGGCACCGACUAACCAGAAGCCGGCUUAUCAGACUUACGAGGUGCUGACUUCUACUGCUCAUAGCUGUCUCAAGAGGGAUAUUUUCAAUACUGCUCUGCGCAAUUGUUUGUCAACACAAGUAGAUAAGUCCACCAAGAUGACUUUCGAAACUGAAAAACAAAAAUAUCUGUCGAUGAGCUCAGCUGAAAAACGAAAACUAUUGAAAUUUACGCCAACUACCGUCAGUGAAAUACUUACUUGGCCGGACUUCUGGAACAAAAACAAAUCUAGAAUUGGAGUUACGUCGGAGGAAGUGGAAAUAGUCGAUAAAUCGUUAGCCAAUAAAAUAUCUAUUUGGGAGGGCGAUAUCACGAAAUUAGAUAUCGAUGCGAUUGUCAACGCGGCUAAUUCUAGUCUUAUGGGAGGAGGUGGAGUUGACGGAGCUAUUCAUAGAGGAGCAGGAGGAUAUCUUAAGCAAGAGUGCGCGACUUUAGGAGGUUGCGACGUCGGCGAAGCAAAAAUAACAGGAGCUUACAUGUUACCUGCAAAAUAUGUUAUUCACACAGUUGGGCCUCAAGGUGAGAAACCUGAGAAGUUGCAAAGAUGUUAUGAAAACAGUCUGAAUGUUGCUAAAAAAAAUGGUGUUCGCACCAUAGCCUUUCCAUGCAUAUCAACAGGAAUUUAUGGCUAUCCGCAAAAACCUGCAGCUAGAGUUGCAUUAUCAACUGUAAAGAAAUUUCUUCUCGCUAAUCCAGACAGCAUUGAUAGAGUUAUUUUCUGCCUGUUUCUGAAAUCUGAUCAAGAAAUUUAUGAAGAUUUGUUGCAAAAACAAUUUUAUGAUGAUUGCUCAUGUCUACCUUGAAAAAGUCAAGUUAUUCAUGAUUGAAUGAAAUUAAUUGACCAUAAUGCUUAUUGCACAAAGCAUCAAACAAACA